ACGCUCUAUCCACUGAGCCAAACCGGUUCGGGCCAGGCUGUCAUUCUUUUGUGUAAGAAGGACUCCACUCUCUCCUGCGGCUGCCGAAACCACUCACAUGGUGAACAGGCCCUUGAUGAGGGCUUGCUAUAUGCCAGGCGGGUUUUCAGAUGCAAGGACCAAUAGUGAACUAGACAUUUUGUCCUACAGAGACUAGAUUUGUGGGAAUUGAGUACUUUUGUGUGUGUGUGUGAAAGGAAGUGGUGGAUGGCAUGAUUUUAUUGAAAUGUUUUAGUACAAUGUUGGAGGAGCUUAAAUCUUAUAUUCUAAACCAAUGCAAGCACUACAGUGGAACUGCUCCUAAACUGACAUACCCGGCCAAGGAAAGUUAAUUUGACUAAAUAUAACUUAACGUGGAGACUAAAGCAUUUUGGUGUGUUUAUCUUUCUCUGCCCUACCACCCCCACCCCUUACAGCCAGACAUACUUGGAGUCUCCUUCACGCAGCAGAGUUGCACAGGACAGACACAUUUUGGUGGUCGUGCUUAACGUUUCCACAUCAUGAGUAGCAAGGAAUGGAACAUGCUGGGACGAAGACUGAAGCCCAUCUGUUUUGAACAACCGACUUGACCAGAUUACAAUCUCACUCUUUCUCCAAAGCCAUUUUAAGACACAGCAAAGUGCUAGUUUCUGGAACGACUGAAAUGAUACUUUCUGCCUUCAACCCACCCUCUGCUGUAUGAAGUUUGAAACCUUGAAGGUUGCUGUUCAAGUUUGCGAAUGACUUCAAUGGAUUGUAUUUUCCACCCACAGAACUGAGGUCAGGGAGUUUGUUCUGUUCAAGAUUCAGCAAAAAGGGACAGACUGUCCUUGAUCAGCAGGCAGAUCUUCCUCUCUGGGGCUGAAGAAUCGAGUUCCCUGUCCAUCAAUGCGCAUAUGAUAAAAUUCACGGAGUCAGAGCUAGACUUCUGCCCCGGAGGCCACAGGCAUCUCCCAUUGUAAAUAAACGGCCACCUGGUGGAUAAUGCAUGCCUCGGUGAACUUCCCGUCCAUCCUCACUUUGGGCUACGUUUUUUGAACAUUAUCCUAACAGAGCAACUGGUUCUACUUCUCUGUCCUUUUUUUUUCCUUAAGUAUCUCCUACCCACAUUUUUCGUGUAACAGCUUUAGUUAAAAUAAUCAGUUGUUAUGUUGAAUUUGAGCUUCUUGCAAAAUAUCCAAGUGGAUGUGUUCAUCAUGUAAGUGGGAGUAUGAAACAUGUCCAGUUUGGGCACUCCCUGGAGCAAUUAUAGAUAAGGAUUAGCUAAAUCCAUGAGAAUGAAUCAUGUAGCCCAGGAACAGCAUAUAGAGCAAGAAGAGAUGUGAGAAUUAGUGAACAGAACUACACUCAUUUUCAUAAAAUAAAGACUGGAGGUGGGUGUGAAGAAAAAAAUAGAAAGGGGAGAAUCAAGAGAAACAUUGUGAAAGCCAAGAAGAGUGUUUCCAAAUAGGUAGCCAAUAUUAUGUAAUGCUAAAUAAAAGUAAAAGAAGAGAAAAAUCCAAUGGAUUUAUUAAAUAGAUAUGUCAAACCAAAAAAUAAAUAAAAUAAUCAGUUGCCUUGAGGCUUGCUACUUCCAAUUACAAAAGGUAAAAGAACAUGUAAUUGAAACAAAUAAAAUAAUGUUGACAUAGGCAUUUGGUGGCACACAUCACAUUUCACCUUUUGAUUUAUGUCAAAGCAAAAUCAGGGCCCUUGCUAUCAAGUUGCUGAACGGAACUCCCCUGCUCUCCGGUACAUGGUGUGGCCCAAGUUGUCCUUCCCUCCCACUCGUGUCCGCGUUUCUGUCUCAAUCGGUUGGUGACACCCAGUUUAAGGAGGGACCCUCCCACUCACUUCCCUGCGUUCAGGCGGCCCCACGCCCCGUGGGCACAGAGCGCUGUCCUCGCUGCCCAGAGCCCAGCCCGUUGCUCAGCCCUCCCUGCCCAGCAGCUCCCGGACUCCCCGGACUCCCUACGGGGCCUCGAAGUUCCCAGCGUCAGCGCACUUGAACCCGGUCCCCCUGCGGGGAGGCGGCGGGAGCAGAGCGGGACCUCGGCACCCUGGCCUCCGGCUAUGAGUUCCCAGAGGCGCCUCAGCCCACGUCUCUCAUGGAAGAGAAUCAUGAGCGUCUUUUUCCUGCCACUGAUCUCAGCAGGCUUUGCUCCUCGGGCAAAAAAUAAAGAGAAAGAGAACCUUCCUGUCUGGGAAGCUGGGCCGCAGCCGCACCAGGGCAGGUCUAAAUUAUAACACUUAGAAUAUGUAUGUCUUGUCAGAUUGGACCGCACGGUGGGACUCCAGACGCAAAGCACGCCUGCCAGUAACCCGCACUUCACACUGGAGGGGCACAAGUUCCUCAUCUUCGGGGGCUCCAUCCACUACUUCCGGGUGCCCAGGGGGUCCUGGCGGGACCGCCUCCUGAAGCUGCAGGCCUGCGGCUUCAACACUGUCACCACGUGAGUCCCGCCCUCCCUCCGGCCCAGCCGAGCGACCUUCCAAUGGGCCCUAGUGGCCGCCUUUGACCUUCCCAGGGCCUUUGUCCGGAUGGCCGCGGAGGUCGGGCUGUGGGUGAUCCUGCGUCCAGGCCCCUACAUCUGCAGCGAGAUCGACCUCGGCGGCCUGCCCAGCUGGUUACUGCAGGACCCUGAGCUGAGACUGAGGACAACCGACAAGGGCUUUGUCCAAGCGGUGGAUCGAUAUUUUGAUCAUCUUAUGGCCAGAGUGGUUCCUCUCCAGUACCGCCAGGGAGGCCCCGUCAUCGCCGUGCAGGUGGAGAACGAGUACGGUGCGUUUGCCGAGGAUAGAGCGUACAUGCCGCAUCUUCACAAGGCCCUGCUGGACAGAGGGGUCGUGGAGCUGCUCUUGACCUCUGACGCGGAGAAAGAAGUGCUCCAAGGCAGCAUAGAAGGAGUGCUGGCCACCAUCAAUAUUAACUCAUUUCAGGAGAAUACUUUCAACUACCUUAAGAGAGUGCAGAGCGAUAAGCCCAUUAUGAUUAUGGAAUACUGGGUCGGUUGGUUCGACACGUGGGGAGGUAAACACAUGGUGAAAGAUGCGGACGAUGUUGUAAAAACUGUGUCUGAAUUUAUCAAAGCUGGGAUCUCCUUCAACACGUAUAUGUUCCACGGGGGAACCAACUUCGGUUUCAUAAAUGGGGCCACGGAUUUUGGGGAACACAGCAGUGUCGUCACCAGCUAUGACUAUGAUGCUGUGCUGACAGAGGCUGGGGAUUACACCGAAAAAUACUUCAAGCUUCGGAAACUCCUUGGAUCCGUCUUAGCAUCUCCCCUGCCCCCCUUACCUGAGCUCAUUCCGAAGGCUGUGUAUCCUUCUGUGAGACCAUCCCUGUACUUGCCACUGUGGGAUGCCCUACAGCACUUAAACAAGCCCGUCAUAUCCAGCGCACCCGUCAACAUGGAGAGGCUCCCCAUCAACGCUGGGAAUGGUCAGUCCUACGGGUUCGUGCUUUACGAGACACCCAUCUGCGCCGGAGGCCGGCUCCGUGCGAACGUUCGAGACACGGCACAGGUGUUUUUGAACGAGACACAUAUAGGGACCCUGGAUGGUGGUAAACAGAACUUGCACAUCCCUAAAGUCAAGGGAUGCCAGCUCCUGAGGAUCCUGGUGGAGAACCAAGGACGAGUCAACUAUUCAUGGAAAAUUCAAGACCAGAGGAAAGGAGUAACCGGACCCGUGACCAUCAAUAGCAUCCCCCUGGAGGGAUUCACUAUCUAUUCCCUGGAAAUGAAAACGAGCUUCUUUGACAGGCUCCGCUCUGCCGCCUGGAGGCCUGUCUCCAAUAGCUCCCUGGGCCCUGCCUUCUACCUGGGCACCCUGCAGGCUGGCCCUUCUCCCAGGGACACCUUCCUGAGGCUGCUGGACUGGAGUUAUGGAUUUGUGUUCAUCAAUGGCCGUAACCUUGGGCGAUACUGGAAUAUUGGACCACAGCAAACACUUUACCUUCCUGGGGCCUGGCUGCAUCCGGAAGACAAUGAGAUCAUUGUGUUUGAAAGAAGCAAGAGUGGUUCGUCCAUCCAAACUACAGAUAAACCGAAGCUGUAAGACUGUGUUGUAACAUUUUCUUUGGUGGAUUGUUGGAGUUCGUCUACCAGCAGGUUUUCAGGAGGAAGAUGUAUGUCUAGAAUACCAAACACACUGUUGUCUGCAAUAGCAAAUAUUGGAAAUAAUAUUCAACAGGGAAAUUGUUAUAUAUAUUGUAGUAUAGUCAUAUGAUGCCUAUUUUUAGGUCUUAAAAAAGCCUUCAAAUCUUCAGGGACUGGAUUUACGUAGUUAAAGCUAAGUCCUUAGCAGGUUAUUAUUCUCCAAUUAAAUGUGCCUUUUGGCAGAUGUGAAUAAAAUAAAAACAAGCUGGAUGUAUCUCCACUUCUUCAUACUCAGUUGGGAGGAUGUGAAGGGUCUCUGGCCUA